UGUGAGAGCUCUGACAAUACAGAGCACGCAACAGCUGCCUACUGACAAGAACAGUUCGGUAACUGUUCACAGGGAAUUACACGGCAUUGAAACGUGAUUGCUAUUAUGUAAAACUAAGCAGGACAUCAGCGACAAUUGAUCGCUUUUGUUUUCCAGAUUAUUUUAUUUUGCUGUGAUAUUAAUCGACCGACAGAAGAACUGCGCCAGAGUCGUUUACAACAAAAACAAAGAUGGCGUACACAGGCGAUUCAAACGCAACUAUGAGGGACGUGAAGAAGGUCCAGUUCGGCAUUCUCAGUCCUGAUGAAUGUCGGCGUAUGUCUGUGACCGACGGAGGUAUUAGAUAUUCAGAGACGAUGGAAGGUGGGCGUCCCAAACUCAAUGGGUUGAUGGACCCACGGCAAGGAACUAUUGACAGAACAUCAAGGUGUCAGACAUGUGCGGGCAAUAUGGCAGAAUGCCCAGGUCACUUUGGUCACAUAGAAUUGUCAAAACCAGUGUUUCAUGUGGGCUUCUUCACAAAGACUAUCAAAGUGCUGAGAUGUGUGUGCUUCUUCUGCUCCAAAUUGUUGGUAGACCCGACAAAUCCCAAAAUAAGAGACAUUCUGUCAAAGUCUAAAGGACAGCCAAGAAAACGAAUGGCCCAUGUGUAUGAACUUUGUAAAGUGAAGAAGAUAUGUGAAGGAGGAGAUGAAAUGGAUACCAAAUUAGGAGAACAACAAAACAGAGAAGGAGAUGAAGAAAAAACGGGCCAUGGAGGUUGUGGUCGGUUCCAGCCUCGGAUCAAAAGGAUGGGUUUGGAACUGGUGGCCGAGUGGAAACAUGUAAACGAAGAGAGUCAAGAAAGGAAGAUCAUGCUGACAGCAGAGAGAGUUCACGAGAUAUUCAAGAGAAUAUCAGACGAGGAGUGUUUAGUGAUGGGAAUGGAGCCCAAGUUUGCUCGGCCUGACUGGAUGAUCGUCACUGUGAUGCCUGUGCCACCUCUAUCUGUUAGACCAGCUGUCGUCAUGUUUGGUUCAGCCAGAAAUCAGGAUGAUUUGACUCACAAGUUAUCUGACAUUAUAAAAGCCAACAAUCAGCUGAAGAGGAAUGAACAAAAUGGAGCAGCUGCACACAUCAUAUCAGAAGACACCAAAAUGUUACAAUUCCACGUGGCCACACUCACAGAUAAUGAGAUGCCUGGCCUUCCAAAGGCUGUCCAGAAAUCGGGUCGUCCUCUGAAAUCUGUUAAACAAAGAUUAAAGGGAAAGGAAGGCAGAGUCCGAGGCAACUUGAUGGGCAAGCGUGUGGAUUUCUCUGCCAGAACUGUCAUCACUCCUGAUCCAAAUCUUAGAAUUGAUCAGGUCGGUGUACCAAGAAGCAUAGCGCAAAACAUGACAUUUCCAGAAGUGGUCACACCCUUUAACAUAGACAGAAUGCACGAGCUUGUGCGGAGAGGAGCAAAUCAAUACCCAGGAGCCAAGUAUAUUCUACGAGACAAUGGUGAAAGGAUAGACUUGCGGUUUCAUCCAAAAGCUAGUGAUCUUCAUCUUCAGAUUGGUUACAAGGUUGAAAGGCAUAUGCAAGAUAAUGAUUACGUGGUAUUCAACAGACAGCCAACUCUCCACAAAAUGAGUAUGAUGUGUCACAGAGUGAAGGUGCUGCCAUGGUCAACCUUCAGAUUAAAUCUCAGUGUAACCACACCAUACAAUGCCGACUUUGACGGUGACGAGAUGAACCUCCACUUACCCCAGUCCCUAGAGACGAAGGCUGAGAUCUCUAACCUCGCUCUGGUACCCAGAAUGAUCAUCACUCCCCAGUCCAACAGGCCUGUCAUGGGUAUUGUACAGGACACGUUGACCGCUGUCCGAAAGAUGACCAAGAGAGACGUUUUCAUCAACAGGGGUGAAAUGAUGAAUUUGCUGAUGUUUCUGCCAACAUGGGAUGGCCACGUCCCUCAACCCGCCAUUCUGAAGCCUAAGCCACUAUGGACAGGAAAACAGCUGUUUUCCCUCAUCAUUCCAGGUCGUGUCAACUGUAUAAGAACCCACAGCACACAUCCUGACGAGGAGGACUCAGGGCCAUACAAGUGGAUUUCUCCAGGGGACACCAAGGUAUUGAUUGAAGAUGGCAUGCUGAUCAGUGGAAUCCUGUGUAAGAAGACCCUGGGUACAUCCAGCGGCUCCCUGCCCCACGUAGUAUUUAUGGAGAUGGGAUACGAAGUAGCAGGCCUUAUGUACGGCCACAUCCAGACUGUUAUUAACAACUGGCUUCUGUUGGAGGGUCAUAGCAUCGGUAUUGGAGACACCAUUGCUGAUCCUCAGACUUAUAUAGAUAUUCAGGACACCAUUAAGAAAGCCAAAGUUGACGUGAUAGACGUUAUUGAGAAAGCCCACAAUGACGAGUUGGAACCAACGCCAGGAAACACUCUGCGUCAGACUUUUGAAAACCAGGUGAACCGUAUCCUGAACGACGCUCGUGACAAAACUGGAGGAAAAGCUCAGAAAUCAUUGUCAGAUUUCAACAACUUCAAAGCUAUGGUGGUGGCUGGAUCCAAAGGGUCAAAGAUUAACAUUUCCCAGGUUAUUGCCUGUGUGGGGCAGCAGAACGUUGAAGGUAAACGUAUUCCGUUCGGUUUUCGACAUCGUACCCUGCCUCAUUUCAUCAAAGAUGAUUAUGGUCCUGAGUCUAGGGGUUUUGUGGAAAACUCCUACCUUGCUGGUCUGACACCUUCUGAGUUCUACUUUCACGCCAUGGGAGGGAGAGAAGGACUUAUUGAUACUGCUGUGAAAACUGCUGAGACAGGGUACAUUCAGAGACGUCUGAUCAAAGCUAUGGAGAGUGUAAUGGUCAAGUACGACGGGACAAUCCGAAACCAGGUAGAACAGCUUGUGCAGUUGACCUAUGGAGAGGAUGGACUGGACGGUACAGGGGUCGAGUUUCAGUCACUUCCCACGCUGAAACCCUCAAACAAAUCCUUCGAGAAGAAGUUCAAAUUUGAUGCUUCCAAUGAGAGAAACAUGCGAAAAUGUCUGACGGAGGAUAUUAUCAAGGAACUGAUUGGUGAUGCUCAUGCCAUAUCUGAGCUGGAGAAAGAAUGGGAUCAGUUACGUGAUGAUCGUGAAGCAUUACGGAAGAUCUUCCCCAUGGGAGACAGCAAAGUGGUCCUACCUUGUAAUCUUGCAAGGCUCAUCUGGAAUGCUCAGAAAAUCUUCCGUAUUAACAAGCACAAACCCACAGAACUCCAUCCUGUGAAAAUAGUGACAGGUGUUGCUGACCUGUGCAAAAGAUUAAACACUGUCCCUGGAAAUGACAGACUCAGUGUGCAGGCAAAUUACAAUGCUACCAUACUUAUGAAAUGUUUGGUGCGUUCCACUCUGUGUGCGAAGAGAGUGACAGAAGAGUUCAGACUCAGCUCAGAGGCAUUCGAGUGGCUUCUUGGUGAAAUUGAGACACGCUUUCAACAAUCUCAUGUACAACCAGGCGAGAUGGUGGGAGCAUUGGCUGCUCAGUCGCUGGGAGAGCCUGCUACACAGAUGACACUCAACACUUUCCAUUAUGCUGGAGUAUCUGCCAAGAACGUAACACUUGGUGUGCCUCGCCUCAAGGAGAUCAUCAACAUCUCCAAGAAGCCCAAGACUCCUUCUCUCACUGUAUACUUGACUGGUCAGGGAGCGAGGGAUGCAGAAAAGGCUAAGGAUGUGCUAUGUAGGCUUGAACACACGACAUUGAGGAAGGUCACUGCGAACACAGCCAUUUAUUAUGAUCCCAACCCCCAGAGCACAGUCAUCUCGGAGGACCAGGAAUGGGUCAAUGUCUAUUAUGAAAUGCCGGACUUUGACGUGUCCAGGAUUUCACCAUGGCUGCUUCGUAUAGAGUUGGACAGAAAAAGAAUGACAGACAAAAAACUCACUAUGGAGCAAAUCUCAGAAAAAAUCACUGCAGGCUUUGGAGAUGAUCUGAACUGUAUCUUCAAUGAUGACAAUGCAGAGAAGUUGGUGCUACGAAUCCGAAUCAUGAACUCAGAUGAAAGUAAAAUGCAGAGUGAUGAGGAGAUAGUGGACAAGAUGGAAGAUGAUGUCUUCCUCAGGUGUAUCGAAUCCAAUCUCCUAUCGGACAUGACUUUGCAGGGAAUUGAAGCUAUUGCUAAGGUGUAUAUGCAUCUCCCUAACACUGAUGACAAGAAGAGGAUAUUCCUCACAGACGAUGGAGAGUUCCAGGGAGUCGCAGAAUGGAUCCUGGAAACAGACGGAACUGCACUGAUGAAGGUGCUGAGUCAGCGAGAUGUCGAUCCCAUCCGUACCACCAGUAACGACAUUGUUGAAGUCUUCGCAACACUUGGCAUAGAGGCUGUGAGAAAAUCGAUUGAGAAAGAGAUGAACCAUGUCAUUUCCUUUGAUGGCUCUUACGUCAACUACCGGCACUUGGCGUUGUUGUGUGAUGUGAUGACAGCCAAGGGCCACUUGAUGGCCAUCACUCGUCACGGCAUCAACAGACAAGAGACGGGUGCAUUGGCUAGAUGCUCCUUUGAAGAAACGGUGGAUAUUCUGAUGGAGGCUGCAGCCCAUGGAGAAUUUGAUCCCAUGAAGGGUGUGUCUGAGUGUAUUAUGCUUGGACAGCUGGCCAAGAUCGGGACUGGAAGUUUUGAUCUUCUCCUUGAUGCAGAGAAGUGUAAAUAUGGCAUGGAGAUACCUCAGAACAUGGGACCAGGCCUUGGAGGAGGAGCUGGCACUGGGUUCUUCUUUGGUGGUGGAAGCAGUCCUGCAGCUGGCAUGUCUCCACAGAUGACACCAUGGCAACAAGGUGCAACUCCUGCGUAUGGCACUGCGUGGUCACCUGGGUUUGGUAGUGGUAUGACCCCUGGAGCGGCUGGGUUUUCACCCUCAGGAGCUAGUGAAAGUGGUUACAGCCCUGGAUACAGUCCUGCAUGGUCUCCUCAACCUGGUUCUCCCGGAUCACCAGCCAGCCCAUACAUACCAAGUCCAGCUGGAGCCCUGUCGCCUAGCUACUCGCCGGCUUCACCAGCUUAUGUGCCAUCAUCCCCAGCUGUCACUCCUCAGAGUCCUGGAUACUCCCCAACAAGCCCUUCAUAUUCUCCUACAAGUCCUGGUUAUUCACCAACCUCACCAAACUACAGUCCAACAAGUCCAUCCUACUCCCCGACCUCGCCCUCAUACAGCCCCACUUCCCCAUCUUAUUCCCCGACCAGUCCCUCCUACUCGCCCACAAGUCCUUCCUACAGCCCUACCAGUCCUUCAUAUUCCCCUACAUCCCCAUCCUACUCGCCAACCAGCCCCUCCUACAGUCCAACAUCCCCCUCCUACAGUCCGACCAGCCCCUCAUACUCGCCGACAAGCCCCUCCUAUUCCCCAACAUCACCAUCUUAUUCUCCAACUAGUCCUUCCUAUUCCCCGACUAGCCCCAGCUACAGCCCUACAUCCCCUAGUUAUUCUCCAACCUCACCAAGUUACUCGCCAACCUCACCAAGUUAUUCCCCAACCUCUCCCUCUUAUUCUCCUACCAGCCCAUCUUACUCCCCGACUAGCCCCUCCUACAGCCCCAGUUCCCCCAGCUACUCUCCUUCCAGUCCAAGUUACAGCCCAAGCAGCCCAAGCUAUUCCCCGAGCAGUCCAAAAUACAGCCCCACAAGUCCUUCAUACUCCCCAACCAGUCCUUCAUACUCGCCCAGCUCUCCUCAGUACUCGCCCAGCUCCCCACAGUAUUCACCAUCCUCUCCAAACUACUCUCCAACAAGUCCUUCUUACUCCCCUAGUAGCCCCAAGUAUAGUCCAACUUCUCCCACAUACUCCCCAACCUCCCCAAAAUACACUCCAACAUCACCCGAGUACAGUCCGAGUUCCCCGAACUACAGCCAUGGAUACUCGUCCAUGUCCCCAACCAGCCCUGGAUACUCCCCAGCUAGUCCAUCAUACUCCCCAACAAGCCCAAAAUAUUCCCCAGCUAGUCCAACAUACUCCCCAAGCAGCCCUAAGUACACGCCUACAAGCCCUACAUACACACCUGGAACAGCCACUUCAACGACACCCAAAUAUUCCCCGACCAGUCCGGCGUACUCGGCUGCUGAUGACAGCGAUGAGGACUAGGUCCAAGGUUAGGGACGUGUGAACUGUGGACACAUAUCUUGGUCUUUGUCGCUUGAGAAACAAAUGGACAUGUUAAACAGCAAGACAUCUACCAAGGAGCAAAGUCUAAAAGGACUUUAAAUCAGAACAGUGUACAUAGGAGCUGAACUAGCUCAUUGUGAAUACAAGAGAAAAGAAAAGGAGUCUUAAAAGCACAAUUUGUGGAGAAAUUCAUAAAAAAUGUGGGUUCAUAAUACAGAACAAGAUGGGAAUGAAAAGAUGCAUCAACACUGUAUAUUAGAAAUAUAUACCCGUCAGUUUCUGGUCACCAGUGACUGAUUCUGGUCGCCAUGGAGGCUUGUGAUGAGAACAUGAACAUGUUAAAAUUGUGAAAAAAUUAAGGACCGAGAUUCCUGCAAGUUGUCAAGUUUCUUGUGAAGAUAUUCAGAUGCUAACCUGAGUCUUCUGAUGUCACAUAUGAAAGUUAUAAUUAUUUGUAGAUAAUAUACCAUGACUUCUGUGACUUUUUUAUAGCAGUUGUAAUUACAACUCUAGUGCAUCAUAUUGAAUUCAUCUUGUUUUAUUUCAUAUCAUUUUAAUUCAUUCAGAUCAUGUCUUGUAAAGAUAGGGUGCUGUUGGUGCUUUGAAUGGUGUAAAUAUAAGUUCUACUUAACUCUCUGUACUGUAUGACGUUAUCGAGUUGUCUUCAUGAUCUGUUUGAUAAUGAACUAUACUUAAUGUAGAAGAAGAAAUGAAAAAGAAGACAAUUCACUUGUGCUUGACUAAAUACAAUGUCAUGAUGAUGUUAUUAUUAUUAUAGAUUCAUUUGAUAUUUAUGGCGCAAAGGUACAUGAUUGGUAAAAUUUUGAUGUCAUUCAGACUUAUUAUUCUGGUAGAUUUCAUAUGUGCAGAAUAAUAUUACCAGCAUAAUAUACCAUUCAAAACUUUCUAUUGGUAUUCCUGGCCAAGUUUAUGAACAGCAGUAAUACAGGGCUGGGAUGCUGUUUGCCUAUAUUGUUGUUGUGUGUUGAAUGAUUGCAACUUUGAUGUAAGACUGAAUGAUGUGUUAGCUUGUGUAAAUCUGAAUAUUCUGACUACUUGAUGUAGCAAAGGAUAAUUUGAUUCCUUCACUACGUUAAAGCAGACAGAAUUGUUUUGACAACUUUGAUGUACAAGGUUUACUCAAACUGGUUGUAAGGUAAAAUGAAAUCCUUAAUUCUGGAUUAUGUUAUAAUGUGUAGAUAUGUUAAUUUAUGCAGGAGAAAAAUUGGUUGGUAUGAAUGAAAGUUGCAUAUAAUGUAUGAAUCAGGAGAAAACAUGGAUGUUUUUGUACAGUAUUUCAUCUUGAUAUUUUGUAUAGGUACAUACAGCUGUGUGUGUUAGUUUGUGAAUGGUCUGUGUGAUGUACAGAGAACUUAUAAUAAUUCCUCAUCUUUGAAAACCGGGAAUUAAGAUAGAGCUAUACACAACCUUGAAGCUAACUUAAUCUGCAAACUAUACCAGAUACUAAGUGGCCAUUUCGAUCCGUUACGAUUCGCAAAAAAACAACAACAAAAA